AUGCUCAUUGUUCCCGCUCUUGGUCACGCCUCCUUCAACACGGUUUCUUCCUUGUUCUCCACCUUGGAUUCCCCUACGCCUGAUCCUAUUCUUACAGCUCGCUGGCCUGAGAUUAUAGCUUCCCGCCUCUACACCCGGCUACCCUCUGAUACAACAGUUUGGACAGCCUCUCCUUCUGGUCGCUUUUCUGUCAAAUCGGCUUGGAAUGCCACCCGCAUUCCUCAACCCACAAUCACUUGGCAUCAUCUGGCCUGGGCUACCUCUUCUCACCCGAGGUUCUCGUUUGUCACCUGGCUGGCAGCCAUAGAGGCUCUCACUCUUCGGACCAAAGUGGCAGAUUGGGGUAUCUCCCCUGAGCGGAGCUGUUACUUUUGUAACUCGAUUGAUGAAACCUUUGAUCAUCUUUUUUUUGGUUGCACUUCUCUCAUUCCAUUUGGCAACAUGUGUUACUGCUAUGCGAUUAUAGGUGAGACCCCCUUCCCACCUGGCAAGGAGAACUUGGAUGGGUUAGUUCUCAUUUCACUGGCUCCUCCUUCAUGGCGCGCAUCAAACAGUUCAGCUUCUCUGCGGUCAUCUACCGCAUAUGGGCUGAGCGCAAUAUAUAGUCGUGCCUUAAAAAAUGAAGCCCAUCAUUACUCUGUUAUUGUGCUUCGUAUCAUUGAGGAUACCAGGGUGAAGUUCUCCCACUCGGCAGCAGGCUGGGUUGCUAUAAACUGUGACGGUUCUAUCCGCCCCCAUGGUGGUGGUUAUGGUUGUCUCGGGCGAAAUCAACUCGGUGCUCCCCUUUUUGCCAUUGCUGGGGGAACAGCAGAGCGCAACGUUCUUAGAAUGGAGCUAAUUGCCAUUCGCGUUGGGCUUCACAAAGCUCGCUGUCUUGGGAUGGAGCGAAUCCUCUGUUACUCUGACUCUCUUCUAGCCAUUCAGAUCUUAAAUGGUCAUGUCACCAUCCCUUGGACUACCUUUGACCUCGUGCAUGAUGUCUGGGACCUGCGGGAUCACUUCCACUCUAUAGAUCUCCACUUCCAUGUGCGCAAGACUAAAUUUUGUGCUGACUUCUUAGCUGGAUUCCUACAUCACCCCAAUACUUCAGACUCUAAAUUCUCUUUAUGUUAA